AUGGCUACUUUUCUCGACAGCUCCUACAGUCUGGUCCAUUUGGACAACACUGCAGACCAGCCCAGCCAACAGGACCUGAAGACGCAACUGGAAAAGGGCACGGAUGAGACUAAGCUGGACACAAUGCGGAGGAUCCUCACUACGAUGCUGAACGGAGACCCUAUGCCCAAUCUCCUAAUGCAUAUCAUUCGCUUUGUAAUGCCUUCCAAGAGCAAGCCCCUCAAGAAACUCCUAUACUUCUAUUACGAGAUAUGCCCGAAACACGACGCCAAUGGAAAGCUUAAGCAGGAAAUGAUUCUAGUUUGUAAUGGCAUUCGAAACGACCUUCAGCAUCCGAACGAGUUCGUUCGGGGAAAUACCUUGCGAUUCCUCUCUAAACUCCGUGAACCCGAACUCAUCGAACCUCUCCUCUCAGCCGCACAAACUUGUCUCGAUCACAGACAUGCCUAUGUGAGAAAGAAUGCAGUCUGGGCCCUAGCGUCUGUCUAUCAACAUGCGCAACAUCUCAUCCCAGAUGCUCCGGAAAUGCUCCAUACCUUCCUGACUGGGGAGAGUGAUACCACAUGCAAGCGGAAUGCUUUUGCUGCUCUUAUGAGCAUAAGUCACGAGAAGGCACUAGACUAUCUGACUGGAGUCCUGGAUGGGGUCCCAAAUGCAGACGAACUGCUGCAAUUGGUGGAGCUCGAGUUUAUCAGGAAGGAUGCUGUACAGAACCAGACGAACAAGUCGCGAUACCUGAGGUUGAUUUUCGACCUGCUGGAAGCAAACACUAGUACUGUCAUCUAUGAAGCUGCAACUUCCCUUACAGCCCUCACCAGCAACCCUGUGGCGGUCAAGGCAGCAGCCGGGAAACUCAUUGAGCUGAGCAUUAAAGAGGCGGACAACAAUGUCAAACUUAUUGUUCUCGACAGGGUUGAACAGCUCCGAAGAAGAAAUGAGGGUGUUCUUGAUGAUCUGGCAAUGGAAAUCCUGCGGGUGCUAUCAAGUCCAGAUCUGGAUGUCCGACGAAAAGCGCUGGGCAUUGCACUGGAGAUGGUCUCGAGCAAGAAUGUCCAGGAAGUGGUCAUGCUUCUCAAGAAAGAGUUGAGCAAGACUGUGGUGGAACAGUACGAGAAGAAUUCCGAGUAUCGGCAACUCCUGAUACAGUCGAUACAUCAAUGUGCGAUCAAAUUCUCAGAAAUUGCAGCAAGUGUGGUGGAUGUGUUGAUGGACUUUAUUGCAGACUUCAACAACAGUUCAGCGGUGGAUGUGAUAUCUUUCGUCAAAGAAGUGGUCGAAAAGUUCCCCAACCUCAGAUCGUCAAUUGUGGAGAGGCUGGUUUCGACACUCGGUGAGGUUCGCGCUGGCAAGGUCUAUCGCGGUUCUCUAUGGGUUAUUGGCGAGUACUCACUCCAAGAGAACGACAUUAAAGAAGCAUGGAAGCGGAUUCGGGCAAGCUUGGGAGAGAUCCCCAUCCUGGCUUCCGAGCAGCGACUUCUCGAUGAGCAAUCUCAUGAUGACAAUGAUGAGCCGCCGAAAGACCAAGUCAAUGGGCAUGCAACCAAGGCACCUGCAAGCGGGUCUCGGAAAGUUCUCGCUGACGGCACAUAUGCUACUGAGUCGGCUCUGACCAGUGAUUCUGCGGCCAAAGCCAGACUAGAAGCAGUCAAGGCGGCUCAAAAGCCGCCGUUACGACAGCUGAUACUGGAUGGCGACUAUUAUCUUGGUACUGUGCUUUCAUCCACCCUCACGAAACUGGUUAUGCGACACUCUGAAAUCUCCUCCGACCAGGCGCGCACCAAUGCACUUCGCGCCGAGGCUAUGCUGAUCAUGAUUUCGAUUGUUCGUGUUGGACAAUCGCAGUUUGUCAAAGCGCCCAUCGACGAGGACUCAAUGGACCGCAUCAUGUCAUGCGUCAGAGCUCUCGCGGAAUUCACAGAACGCAAAGAGCUCGAGACCUCCUUUCUGGACGACACCCGCAAAGCGUUUCGAGCCAUGGUGCAGGUCGAGGAGAAGAAACGUGCUGCCAAGGAAGCCGUCGAGAAGGCAAAGACUGCAGUCCAGGUUGACGAUGUCUUCUCAAUACGACAACUUACUAAGAAGAGUUCGAGUGACGGUACAGAUGACAUGGAACUUGAUCUGGAGAAAGCGACCGGCGGUGAUGCUACAUUCGAAGACAUAUCAUCUAAGCUCAACAGAGUUGUCCAACUCACUGGCUUUUCGGAUCCCGUCUACGCCGAAGCCUAUGUCAAGGUGCAUCAAUUUGAUAUCAUACUGGACGUGCUUCUUGUCAACCAGACGAGAGAAACGCUGCAGAAUCUAUCCGUGGAGUUUGCAACCUUGGGUGAUUUGAAGGUGGUGGAAAGACCAACAACUCACAAUCUCGGACCACAGGACUUCCUCAACGUUCAGUCAACAAUCAAAGUGUCGAGCACCGAUACCGGUGUUAUCUUCGGUAACAUCGUCUAUGACUCGCCCUCGGGAACAGAUACCCACGUUGUGAUUUUGAACGAUAUACACGCCGAUAUUAUGGACUACAUACAGCCAGCGACCUGCUCUGAAUCAGCAUUCAGAACGAUGUGGACCGAAUUUGAAUGGGAAAAUAAGGUCAACAUCAAUAGCAAAGCGACAACCAAGACGCUCAGAGAGUUCCUGGACCAAUUAAUGAAGAGCACAAAUAUGACGUGCUUAACUCCCGACGCUGGAUUGAAGGGCGACUGUCAAUUCCUCAGCGCCAACCUCUACGCUCGGAGCGUGUUUGGUGAGGACGCAUUGGCAAAUUUGAGCAUUGAGAAGACUGCGGAUAACUCUAUUAUUGGCUUCAUUCGAAUCCGAUCGCGUUCUCAAGGUCUGGCACUGAGUCUGGGUUCUUUGAAAGGACUGAAGGCUGGCACAUAUUAG